UCAGUUAUUUAAUGCCUUGAAAGAGCAUGAACAUCUGUACACAUGCACAUCACCAACCUAUACGUGGCACAUACGCAAUGAAAUCAGACAGUCCUCGAAUGAGAUAGAUUGGACGAUCUAACAUCCGAUUAGCGAUCAUCCGUUUCUUGAUUUUGGACCGUUGAUAUUUUCCAUUAUAACCAUCUGUUUGAUGGCCGCCGAUUGGACAGUUACAACCAUCCGUUCAGCGUGGUUACUGGGUCAUGAUCCAUCAAGAGUGGGGCCCAUGAUCUGUACCAUUUGGAUUGAGGCACAUGCAUGCCAUUUGUACAGAUGAACAUACUCUGCCAGGGAAUCAAAGGCUCUUCUCAUUGAUAAUUUGAAGUCAGAUCUACUAGUCGUUUCCCAAAAGAUUCCAACGUCCAAAUCAAUUCGAUUUUUGGCCCCAGUUUCAAUGCCUCUCCUUCUUUCAACUUCCCUUCUCUUUCAAAAUCCAAAAAAAUAAAAAAAUCGCAAUCAAUCCAUGGCCAAACACCACCAAUCUCAUCUCAUCUUCAAUCUCCAUUCCAUCUGCCAUUUGCUCUUUGUACUCUCUUCCAUCUCUUCUCUUGCAUUCCUCUUCUGGACUUAUUACCAUCCAUGUUCAUGCAAUCUUCAAAAGCCCAUCACCACUCUACACUCCCAAAGCCAACCUCUCUUCUCAGGCCAUCUCCCCUCUCUCCCUUCUGCAUGGAAUCAUCUCUCCUUCUCGCCCGAACCGCCCCCAAAGCGCCUCAACAUUGCCCUCUUUGUCAAGAGAUGGCCACAGGCGAAUCGGGCCGGCGGUAUGGAACGCCAUGCCCUGACCCUCCAUCUAGUCCUAGCUAGAAGGGGGCACAUGACUCAUGUCUUCACCGUCUCACCAGACGCCUCCCCGAAAGCGGUCCACCCCAACAUUCAUUUCCAUCUGUCUGACCCCACCCCAUUUGGCCUAAUGGACCCUGCAGCCGCCUGGCGGCAAUUCGAGGCCUUGAACUCAACCCAGCCCUUUGAUGUGGUCCACUCCGAAAGCGUUGGUCUCAUGCAUCCCUGGGCCAAGAGACUGACCAACAUUGCUGUCUCAUGGCACGGAAUUGCCUAUGAGGCCAUGCAUACUGACAUUGUAGAGGACCUGGUCCGCAGGCAGGGAGAACAUCGGUCGCCGGAUCUUGAGAAGAGAUUGGCAGAGAGAUCAUUUAGGAUCAUUGAAGAGGUGAAAUUCUUCCAAAAUUACGCCCACCACAUCGCCACUAGCGAUCACGUUGGAGAUAUUCUCAAGAGGAUUUACAUGAUUCCAGAGGAGAGGGUCCAUGUGAUACUCAAUGGUGUUAAUGAGUACGUCUUCAAACAGGAUUCUGUCAGUGGGCACGCUUUCCGACAGCAAUAUGGAGUGCCGGAAUCUGCAGGCCUAGUUCUUGGGAUGUCUGGGAGGCUGGUGAGGGACAAAGGACACCCAAUAAUGUUUGAAGCUCUGAAUCAGAUUUUCAUGGAGGACCAGAUGUUCCGGAAACAGAUUUUUGUUGUCGUCGCCGGAGAUGGUCCUUGGGCUGACAGGUAUAAAGAGCUCGGGCCCAAUCUACUGGUUUUGGGUCCUCUCGAUCAGGGUGAGAUUGCUCGAUUCUACAACGCACUUGACAUUUUUGUACACCCAUCUCUUCGAGCUCAAGGUUUCGACCAAACACCGCUAGAAGCGAUGAUUUCAGGCAAGCCAGUGAUGGCUACAAGAUUUGCCAGCACAACGGGGUCUGCAAUUGUCAGCUCGGAGCUUGGUUACAUAUUUUCGCCGACAGUGGAAUCACUGAAAGAGACCUUGUACAGGGUUUUUCGAGAUGGGAGAGAGGUUUUGGAGAAGAAAGGCAAAGCAGCUAGAUGGAGAGCUUCCAAGCUGUUUACGGCUACUAAAAUGGCAGCUUCUUUCGAAAGGCUCUUCCUCUGCAUCUCUUCGAAUGAGAGGAAACAAGAUACCGAUUACUGCAAAUACCCACUUCCAUCAGACACAUUUCUGGAGAAUUCCUAGUGCCUUCUUUUUGUUUUUCCAAUUUCUUUUUCUCUUCAGAUUACGAGGACAAAAACUACUGAUGUUUCCUAGAAUUCAUAAUUGGGAAGUAGAGCUAAGAUUGCAAUUACCACCCUUUCAAAUCUACAUUGAAAGUACUGUAAUUGUGAAUUGGAUUUGGAACUUGGGAGUACUCAAUUUUAGCACUCAUGAACGAAACUGCUUU